UACAACCAAGCACCGAUCAUCCAUCCAGAACCACAGCCCCCAUCCGGGAAGCGAACCAAGUCGGACUCUCGACGGAUUUUCGGGGGUUCGUCCACCAUGGGAGAGCAGUUUUUUAAAUCAGCGUUACCUGCGCGAGACUCGUUCGUGCUGGAGGACACCAGUCUGGCUCUGCCGACCGAGCCGAGUUCACGAACCUCGACGACAGUGAGCUCUGCCGACCGCAGCCUUCGUGUCCAGCAGCAGGUUCAGCUCACACUGGCCCGGAAAGCGAGGAAGUCUGUGUCGAGUGGUAGUAUCCGUUUAGAGAAGAACACGGCAAAGAGCUUCGAUGCUACCGAUGGACUUUUACUAAACAUGAAGGUAAAUGGAUUGGGCCUCACCAACCGCUCUCUAUCGAGCAACAAUGUGCGGAGACCACCGAGGAGGGUGGAGGUGUCUCCACCACCGAGCCCAGAGGUCCAACGCAUUCGCUUCCAUCACAGUGCCUCCCGCUACGGGACGUACACCCAUCCAGAACACAGUCAGUCACACAGGCUGGCCACUAUGCUGGACUCCUCGCUUACUUCUAACUCAUUUCGUCGCUAUGCCUUCUCCGAGGCACCCCGUGGCACGCGGCCGCUCACGUCCACAUCUGAGCACGGGACCCUCCUUCGGAGGUCACUUAGACAGACAGCAGCGCCACAGCCUGUGAUUGCAACCGCAGCGUUUCGACAAAGUGCUGGUUAUGACUCCCGCUGGAGUCAUAACCAGACUAUCGUCAAACAGGACCAACACACUGUGCAUGGACGAGAUGGGGAGAAGAUGCUUGGUGCUAUCCCGCACAAGGAGGGCUUGUCCUGGUUGACUCGGGUGAGGAGGGAGGGCCUGCGGAGACUGAAUUCCUACCCGCCCUCGGUCACCAGCGUGGAGUUUGACGUAGGGAAGCAGAUGGAAGUAGAAGUCCCCAUUCAGCAGAUGCAUGCUCAGAAUGUCAUGACACUGCAGUCGGCGAACAAGCCUCCGGAGAUGACGUUAGAGAGGGCAGUGAACCUGCUGACCCAGGAUAAUGAGGACACGCUGAGCUCUGCAGCCAGCCACAUACAGAGUCAGUGUCUCAAGAGUGCUGAUGCGAAGAAGAUGGUGUACUACCUCCGUGGGAUUGCAAAGCUCUUGCAGGUCCUGAGCAUUGACAAUGAGAUGGUGCAGUGUGCCGCCGCCGGGGCUCUGCGCAAUGUUGUUUACCAGAGCAGCGAAAACAAGAUGGAGGUGAAGGAAAAUGAUGGCCUGGCCACCAUUUCGAGUGUACUGAAGAGCAGCCGUAAUUUGGAGACCAGACGAGAACUCACUGGUCUUUUGUGGAACCUCUCCUCUCAUGACCUUUUGAAGGAGUGUCUCUCCAGAGAGGCCUUAUUGGUCCUCACCCAGUCAGUUCUGGUACCCAGUUCUGGCAUUUUUGAGGGCGAGAACCCAAAAGACGAGCUCCUCGCUGACGCUGAUGCUUUCCACAAUGCCACUGGCUGCCUGCGAAAUCUGAGCUCUGCUGGUCCAGAUGGCAGGAAAGCAAUGAGGGAGUGUGAGAACUUUAUUGACUCUUUGGUCUACUACAUCCGCGGAGCCAUAGCGGACUAUAAAACCGAUGACAAGUCCACAGAAAACUGUGUCUGCAUCCUUCACAACCUGUCUUAUCAGAUCGAGGCAGAGCUUCCUAAGAAGUACACCUUAGAUCUGCGAGAAUCUCGACAAAACCUGUCUCCCAAGGAGAAGGCUGUUGGCUGCUUUGCUUAUCGCAGUGCUAAGAUCACAGAGCAAUUGGAGCGAAAGUGCCCCGUGCUAGAGGAGAAGGCUAACCCCCGAGGCAUAGAGUGGCUGUGGAGCAGCAUCACUAUCCGCAUGUACUUGUCACUGAUGGCCCGGAGUGUGCGUCACUACACCCAGGAGGCCGCCAUCGGAGCCCUGCAGAACAUCACAGCUGGGAACGGAGUGGUGACUGAAGCCAUCGUCUUUACUAUUGUUCAACGGGAAAAUGGCCUCCAGCAUGUGAGGAAGAUGUUAGAGGAUGGAGAGAGUAAUGUGAAGAGGAUGGCCAUAUCUCUCAUAAGGAAUCUCUCGCGCUACCAAGAACUGCACCCUGACAUCGUGAAGCAGGUGUUGCCAGAGGUGGUUGGGAUGCUACCCAACGACGACACCGCCACCGACCUGCCCACCGAGGUGACGGCAUCUCUGUGUAACAUCCUGAUUAACCUGAGUCAGAGUGACGCGCAGCACGUCAAAGCCAUCGUCAACCAGGGCGCCCUCGAACAGAUCAUCAACAUCAGCAGCAAGGACAGCGGUUAUGGACCAACCAGAGCGGGUCAGGCUGCAUGCAUGUUGCUGCACACGCUGUGGAAACACAGUGAUCUCCACGGGGCCUACAAGAAGUGUGGCUACAGGAAAGCUGACUUCGUAAAUGCGAGGACAACAAAGGCGGUGAACUCCAGAUGAGACUGAGUGGACGAUCUAUAGCUAACUCAAGCUGCACCUGUUUACAAUAACGGCAACAAUUAUUGGUUGCAUCACUCUUCCUCCUGUAAUGGACCGCCUGUGUAUUUUUUCAAUGCUGCAGACAAAACAUUGUGUACUCUGCCUACAUUUCCUUUAAAAGGUCCCAUGAAAUGGCUUUCAAUUUGUACAAGAGCUGCAUGUUCAAUUAAAGUAACAAACAGAACAAUAAACCUGCUUACACAAUAAGUUUUUUGUUGUUUUGUUUUGUUGAAAUUCCUCAUCAGAUGCCUCGGAUGCUUCUGGCCACUGUCUAAAUGCCUCAGACAGAUGAAUAUAGAAACCUUUCCUGAAAAUGAAACUAAAUUAAUUUCUUUAUGAUUGUGUAGUUUUUUUAUUGUAGUGGAAGCUCAAUGGUUGAGAAUACUGUUUUGGUUUAUUUUUAGCAUUUCAGGCGACGGUAAUUUAGCAACAAGAACCACAAUGAGAAUGUUCAAAUAUUCACACUAAAGUAAUUGUGAAGGAUGAACAUCAAACCAAGAGCCUUAUUUCUAUCAAACCAAUGAACUGUUUAAUUAA